CGGAAAGUUGAAAGUAAUCUUGAAUUACACGUGAAAUAUAACAAUCCUCUGAUUUUUCUGAAAAACCAUGGCUUUACACGUACCAAAGGCACCGGGCAUGGCCCAAAUGCUCAAAGAAGGAGCUCGUUAUUUCUCAGGUUUGGAAGAAGCAGUAUAUGGAAAUAUAAAUGCAUGUAAGCAACUUGCACAAACUGUAAGGACUGCUUAUGGUCCAAAUGGCAUGAAUAAAAUGAUAAUUAAUCACAUUGAAAAAUUGGUUAUUACUAAUGAUGCUGCAACAAUUAUUAAUGAAUUAGAAGUUGAACAUCCAGCUGCUAAGUUAUUGGUUUUGGUAUCAAAAAUACAAGAAGCAGAAGUUGGUGAUGGUACUAAUUUUGUGAUGAUUUUUGCUGGAGCACUUCUUGAGGCUGCAGAGGAAUUGCUUCGUUUGGGAAUUACUCCAUCUGAGAUAGUUGAAGGUUAUGAAGCUUCCUUGGAGAAAGUUUUGGAAAUACUACCAUCAUUAGUUUGUUAUGAAGUAAAAGAUUAUCGAGAUGAGAAACAAAUAAAUGUAGGGAUUAAAACAGCUAUUAUGAGUAAACAAUAUGGAAAUGAGAAAUUUCUUACUUCUCUUGUUACACAAGCUUGUGUAUCUAUUCUACCAGAAAAGACUACUUUUAAUGUAGAUAAUGUACGUGUUUGUAAAAUACUUGGUAGUGGAAUAUCUAGCUCAGAAGUUGUACAGGGAAUGGUAUUUAAAAGACAAGUUGAAGGAGAUGUUACAAGAAAGGAUAAUGCUAAAAUUGCUGUCUAUACAUGUGCUGUAGACAUUAUGCAAACUGAGACAAAGGGAACUGUAUUAAUAAAGACAGCAGAUGAAUUGAUGAAAUUUUCUAGAGGAGAAGAAUCUUUAUUAGAAUCUCAGAUAAAAGCAAUUGCUGAUAGUGGAGCAACUGUAAUUGUUUCAGGAGGAAGAUUUGGAGAUAUGGCUUUACAUUACAUGAAUAAAUAUAAUUUAAUGGCUGUUCGUAUACCGAGUAAAUUUGAUGUUAGAAGAUUAUGCAAAACUGUUGGUGCUAUUGCACUUUCAAAACUGACUCCACCAUCGAAAGAAGAACUGGGAUAUGCAGAUUCAGUAUAUAUCGACGAAGUUGGAGACACUAUAGUGGUAAAGUUUACAAUAAGUGGCAAAGAUAGCCGUGUUAGUACCAUAAUUAUUCGGGGAUCUACCGAAAAUUACAUGGAUGAUAUUGAACGGGCUAUUGAUGAUGGAGUUAAUACGUUCAAAGGAAUAACAAGAGAUGGAAAAUUUGUUCCUGGAGCAGGUGCUACUGAAAUUAAACUUGCUGCAAAACUUAGUAAAUAUGCAGAUACUUUACCAGGUUUAGAACAAUAUGCAGUUCGUAAAUUUGCAACAGCUCUGGAAGUUUUUCCAAAAACAUUAGCAGAAAACAGUGGAAGUCAUGCUUCAGAAAAAAUUCUGUUUAAACUUUAUGCUGUACAAAGCAAAGAUAAUUAUGGUUUUGAUAUUAAUCAAAAAACAGGUAUCAUUGACACAGUGUCAGCUGGAAUUUUGGAUUUGUUCUUAACAAAACAAUGGGGUUUAAAAUAUGCUGUUGGUGUUGCAUGUACUAUACUUAAAAUCAAUCAAAUUAUUAUGGCAAAACGAGCUGGAGGACCAAAAGUACCAGGUGGUGGAGUUCGUGAUGAUGACGAGUGAUAACAUACAAAGCAUCAUAUAUGCAUAUAUAAAAUAUUUAAUUACUCAUUAAUUCUUAUGUUUAACUUAUAAUCAUAAUAUUACACUGACUUAGUAUUAAACUUCAAAAAAGAACAUUUGUAAAGAAAUGACAUUAACACUUAACCUAUUUACACAUUACAUACAUAAUUUUAUACAGCUAUUUUUAAUGAAAACAUAUGAGAAUUAAAUUAAAUAUAAUUUUAUAUUUUGCCCCCAAAAUUAACAGAUACAUUUAAUAAAGUUCUAAAUAUUAUGAGUA